AUGUCUUCUGGAACGUACACGUCGCAGCUGAGCAAAUGGCUCCUCACUUCGCCGCCCAUAGAAUGGGCCUUGAAGAAUGCGAGAGAGCUGCUCAUUGGCACCUUGCGCCAGGGUCCCAUACCGCAACAUGUCGCCUUUGAGAUGGACGGCAACCGUCGAUUUGCUCAGAACCAUCAUAUUGAAGCUAUCGAGGGCCACAACCUGGGCUUUGAAGCACUGGCUCGUGUUCUCGAGAUCUGCUACAAGUGCGGCGUCAAGGUCGUGACUGUCUACGCCUUUAGUAUCGAGAAUUUUAAUAGACCCAAGUCAGAGGUUGGAGGGCUCAUGAAAAUGGCCAAGAUCAAGUUGGAGCAAUUGUGUCAACACGGUGCUCUGCUCGAUCGCUACGGAGCUUGUAUCCGUGUACUGGGAGAGAGAGACUUGAUCCCAGCCGACGUCUUGCCGUUUGUUGACAGAGCUGUUGAAAUGACCAAGCACAACAAGAAUGCUGUUCUCAAUAUCUGUUUCCCUUACACAUCGAGGGCUGAAAUGACGGCCGCAGUAAAGGCCACCGUAGAAGAAUUCUCUGCGCCGCCAAACCCACCACAGACCCCUUUCUCGGAAGCAAGAAUCACACAAGCGAUCAAAUCGAACCAACUCAAGCAUUCCGAUUCUCAACCCUCGCGGGAAGGAUCGCCAGACCUGAACGGCAAGUCAGAUGUGGAUGACUCGGUCUCGACGGAUACCACCCUGAACCCUGACUCUCCACACCACGAGACGCAAGACUCGACACACAAGCCAGCAGAGUUCAAAGAUAAGGAGACCAUCACGGCCGAGACGUUGAGCAGUCACAUGUACACUGGCGAUUGCCCACCACUUGACAUUUUUGUCCGUACCAGCGGAGUGAUGCGACUUAGUGACUUUAUGCUGUGGCAAUGCCACGAAGAUACUCACAUCUUUUUCUUGAAGUGUUUCUGGCCCGAGUUUGAUCUGUGGCAUUUUGUUCCCGUCCUGCUGGAAUGGCAAUGGCGGCAAAAGCAGAUGGGCCGGGAAGGGCGGCUUGGUAGGCGAGUCAAGACCGAAUGA